AUGAGCGAGGAUGAAGGGCGCAAUAGUAGCGCCAGGGGCGCGCGGAACGGCGAGAGGCCUGUGUUGCGCUCUCCUCGAGGGCGGGGAGCCGGAAGCGCAAGCGCAACUCCCACCGCCAGAGGCGGAGCGCGGAUUCCCCAGUCGCCCAGAAACAACCCGCCGUUUGAUCUCCGCUCCCGCACUCCCCCGCCUGGAGCUUUUACCGGGUUUGGGCGGGGUGGCGGAGCGGAAGGGGUGGGGGGAGUGAUGCGCGUGUCCAGCGCGGGGGAAGGCGUAGGCGCAGUUGUACGGAUGGAAGGCGCGCCCAGCUGGCGGAAGGGGCAGGGGGGAACCGAGUUAGGCGGAACAGCGGGGCAGGGGAACGUGCGCCUGGGCGGGUUAGGGGGAGGCAUUGGCGGAGGGGGGCUUGCGCGCAACCGCGAUGGCAGAGCGGGUUUGCGGCGAACGCAUUCUGUGGAAUCGAAAACCGCGAUACUGGACAUGUUCUUAUCGGAUGACGGGGAGGACGAUAUCGAGGAUAGACGAAGACUCGCGCCACAGCAGCAGCCGCCGCAGGGGCAUGUGACCUUCAGUUUCGACCAGUCAGGAGUGAGGGAUUUUGCAGGAGGAGGCAGGAGAACCGUAGGAUCUGAAUCUUGGAGUGCAUCCGACGACCUAGCUUUCGCGAACCUUCGGCAGCAGCAGCAGGGACAGAGCGGUGGUGGUGGCGGCGGCGGAGGCCUUGCCCGGUCCGCCCUAAAGGGCAUGGCGCACGCGCUCUCCCCCAUGCGCGGAGGCCGCGCGGGGAACCCAAGAGCGGGGGCGGCGGGGGGAGGCCCUGGGGGAGGUCUCGGCGGAAUUCCAGGUGGCGCAACUGCUGGCGGAGGAUUGGGGGAAGGGCUCCGCCGAACCAUCUCCCUGCAGCCCGGAGACACGUCAUCCGCGCGCCAGCCAAUCACAGCGUUCCACGACUCGUUUCACGAGGUGGUGAGGCAGCUUAAAGCGGGGAUGGGUAAAGUGGUGCAGGGAGGGCAGCAGGUGCAGCAGCAGGUGCAGCAGCAGGUGCAGGGGCGGCUGCGUGGCGCAUCUGCAGCUGUUGCUUCUGCUGGUACUGCUGCUGCCGGGACUGUUUCUGCUGCUGCUGCUGCUGCUGCUGCUGCUGUUGGCGGUGUUGGCGCCAGCAAUUCCCCCCAAAAGGCACCAGCAGCAGCAGCAGCAGCAGCAGCAUCAGGAGCAGCAGGAGCAGCAGGGGUUAAGAAAUCCAGCAGCACGGGAGGUUCGGCAGUGGAGUUGAUAGGCCUCGCGAGCACGUACCCUCCACGUGGCUCCUCUUCUUCUGCUGCAGCCUUGAAUACUACAGCCGCUACAGCCGGCGCUACAGCCAUCACGAGUCCCCCGGAAACUUCCGCGCAGGAGCGCACCUCCCGCCUCUUCCUGGGGCCUCUCAGCCCCGGCAGCAGCAGUGACAGCAGCAGCGGGUUCAGCAGCGGAGGCCCCAUGGAUUUCCCCAGCCCUAGGGUCCCUGGAGGGGGCGGAGGCGCAGGGGGGGGCGGAGGGGGAGGGGGGAGCGGAGGGGGGAGCGGAAGCAGCGGAUCGCUGGAAGUGAGGAGCCCCAGGGGGAUCGUUUUUCUUGAUGCGCGGAGCCCCCGCGGUGGUGGUGGUUGGGGGGGAGGGGGGGGCUUUGGGGAAGGGGGGAGGAGAGGGUGGGUGAGGGGAAGCGGGUCGGGGGGGAGUGGGGUGGGGCCGGGGUCAAAAGGGGUGGGCGCAGGGGCGGACGGGGGGAGGGGAGGGCUUGGGCGAAAGACUGGAAGCGCAGGGAACGUGCUGGGUCUGCUGGAUGCGAUGAGGGGAGGGGGAGGAGUAGGAGGAGGCGCAGGUGCUGGGGCAGGGGCAGGGGCAGGGGGAGGGGCAGGGGGAGGAUCUGGGGGAGGAGGAGGGGCGGGAGAGGCAAGUGGAGGGGGCAGAGUGGGGAGGGAGCGUUGGCCUCUAAGCCCUCUAGGGGGAGUGUUGCCAGACUGGUCGAGGAAAAAGGAGCACCCGGAUUCUCCCCAGCGCUCCCAGCACCACCAGCAGCGGCAGCAGCCGGAUGCGACUGGGGCGGCAGCAGCAGCAGCCUCCAGAGGUUCUGCUGGUGCUUCUGUCGCCGCUGACACAUCAGAUGAGGUUUGGGAGUUGCUUGCAACUAUCCGCUCCGCCUCCGCCUCCUCCUCCGCCUCCGCCUCCACCUCCUCCUCCUCCUCUUCUUCUCAGUUCAACAAGCCCUCGUCGUCUUCUGACCGCCAGCUAAGGGAAGCUGUGUCGUCUCUCCGGUCGCUUCUUAGGAAGCAGCCUCUGGCGAAGGACAUCACGGUAGAGUGCGGUGGAUUGCAGCUCAUUGUGGAUCUGCUCUCUGCCUCUGAUGCGAAAACGCAGGAGCAUGCAGUUUCGUGCCUGCUGCUGGUGUCUCUAGUGAAAGGGGUGGCUGUGGAGAUAGCAGCAUGCAAUGGGGUGAAGCAGCUAGUGAGUUUACUCCAAAGCGGCACUGUAGCUUCAAAAGAAGGCGCAGCAGCAGCGCUGUUCACUCUGUCGGUAAGCGAGUCGCUUCUUAUGGAGGUUAGGGAGAGCGGGGCGGUGCCGCUGCUGCUGGAUGUGCUUAAAACGGGGUCCACUAGAGGGAGAAAAGACUCUGCACUCGUGUUAUUUAAUGUAUCAAGAGACGCUAAAGGCGCGCUGGAGUUAGUUCAAGCGGGUGCGGUGGAGGUGCUUUUAGCGGUGCUUGCUUAUAAAGAGGCUCAAGAGGACGCUAUUAUGACCCUGCUGCUGCUGGCAACUGGGGGGCAUUUGAGGGGAGGUGGUGAGGGGGAUAGUGGGGGUGUGGACGAGGAGGAGGAUGGGGAGGAGCUGGGGAGGAGGAUGGUCGAGGAAGGGGUUUUGUCAGCUUUGGAGGAGUUGUUACAAAGUGAUGUUUGCUCGGGGAGAGCUAAGGCGAAAGCACAAGCGCUGGUUGAAGUUCUGGAGGGUACAGAUGAAGUAAAUUGUUAA